CGUCGACCAACAUACGAGCCCUACAGCCUGUUUCAACUCCUCGUCAAACACACUCCCGAAACCCUCCUGACCACACACAGUCCGACCAAAUGGCGACACAAAAAGCUGUCGUCAUUGUUGAACCGAAGAAGGCGGGCUUGGUGUCCGACCGGCCCCUUCCCACGCUGCGGGACGACUAUAUCCUUGUCAAAACCGAAGCGGUGGCCUUGAACCCGACUGAUUGGAAGCAUAUCGCCUUUCUCGCAGCGCCCGGCUGUCUGGUCGGGUGCGACUAUGCUGGGGUGGUCCAGGAAGUGGGAAAUGCUGUCCAGAAACCCUUCCAGAGAGGUGAUCGCAUCGCGGGCGUCGCGCACGGCGGGAACGUCGUGCAGCACGAGGACGGCGCAUUCGCCGAGUACAUUGUCGUCAAGGGGGAUGUCCAGAUGCGUAUCCCUGAUACCCUCAGCUUCCAGGAAGCUGCCGCGCUUGGCGUCGGCAUUGCGACCGUGGGGCAGGGACUUUAUCAGAGUCUGAAGCUCGCUCUUCCGACAGCGCCCCGGGAGACCCCCGAGCCUCUCCUCAUCUACGGCGGCUCGUCCGCGACCGGCACGCUCGCCAUCCAGUUCGCCAAAUUGUCCGGCUACCGGGUACUGACCACCUGCUCGCCGCACAACUUUAGUCUCGUCCAGGGUCUAGGGGCCGAUGCGGUCUACGACUACCACGAUCCUACCUCGGCGGCGGCGAUCCGGGCCGCCACGGGGGACCGGCUUCAACUGGUCUUUGAUACCAUCGCGAUUGAAGACAGCUCGAAGUACUGCGAUACGGCGAUUUCGACCCAGGGCGGCGAGUACAGCGCGCUACUGCCCGUAUCUAUUGAGCGGGAGAACGUGAACAGCCGCUGGACGGUGGGAUACACGAUCAUGGGGGAAGACUUCAUGUUUGGCCCCGACUUCUGGGCGGCGCGGCCGGAGGACAAGGCGUUCGCUGAGAAAUUCUGGAUGAUUGCGGAGCCCCUGCUGGCGGCUGGGAUCAUCAGGCCUCAUCCCAUCGAGGUGAAAUCUGGGGGCCUCCAGGGUGUUCUGAAUGGGCUUCAAUUGCUGCAGGCAGACAAGGUCAGCGGGAAGAAGCUGGUGUACAAUGUUUCGGAAACUCCGUAGAUAUGCCCCGGAAAUCCCAAUUGCUCAUAUCUCUCCAGGUCUAAUGACCCAGUCGCUUAUGAUCCUAUUGCCUUGUUAACGGUAAACCUUUCCGUGCUCACAGACACCCAAAUCGAGGUCCGAGGAUGGCUGUCCAUCUAGGCCCUCAUGGCCGGAGUCAGGGGUAGUAUAGCUACGCCCCUAAUGAGACCCGACCAUCUCGCCAAUUCAGACGUGGUGAGCAAGUUCGAGCUUCUUGGAUCCCUCACCACGUGGUUUGGGAUGCCGCAUGUUUUGGGAUUGCGAUGCCCCCUACCCCAGAUUGACAGCUGUCUUUCACCAUAUCGUGAAAGAGAAUCCCGAUCCGUAUCUCAUGA